CCCCAAGCGACCGUAAAGCACUGGACUGAGGACUCCGAAAGGGCUUUUAUUUGACGUGCUCUAUAGAAAGACUUUCCUUCCACUCUUUCGGCGCAAAGUCGCUUGCUCAACCUUGGAGCAAAGCACAGAAGUUUCCCCCCAUUAUUCAUCGAUCCGAUUCCCUCACUCCUCACUCCAUCCUCUCUCUUUCUCUCUAUCCUUCGAUUUGCACAGAGCGGAUUUUCAACUCAAGCAUGGACCUGCUGCGAGCGAACCUCGCUCGAGUUCGAAUCCCAGAGCCGACUAACCGCAUCUACAAACACGAGUGCUGCAUUUCCUUCGAUACGCCGAAGUCUGAAGGUGGGCUAUAUAUUGACAUGAACACAUUUCUUGCCUUUGGGAAGGAUUGUGUGGGUUGGAAUUUUGAAAAGACUGGGAAUCCGGUUUAUUUGCACAUAAGACAGACAAGAAAGCUGGUUUGUGAAGACAGGCCUUUGAAGAAACCGACACUUUUGGCUAUAGGUGUUGAUGGAGGGUUUGACAACAAUGAACCUGAAUAUGAAGAAACAAAGAACAUAGUCAUAUUACCAGAUUAUGUUACUCUUCCAUUUCCUUCCGUUGAGUUGCCAGAGAAGGUAAGGUUGGCAGUUGAUGCUAUUUUAAUGGCUGAGGGGGCUGAGCGGAAGGAGCAGGUUGCAUCAUGGACUGCUGAUAAGAAACAUGUCAGUGAAUACGCCUUGAAUCUGCAGCAGCUUGACAAUGGAGUUAUUAUUCAACCCUCCGGGUGGAAAUGUGCCAAGUGCAACAAGACUGAAAAUCUCUGGUUAAAUUUGACUGAUGGAAUGAUCCUUUGUGGUAGGCGAAAUUGGGAUGGCAGUGGUGGUAACAACCACGCCAUUGAACACUUCAAGGAAACAGGCUACCCUGUUGCUGUAAAGCUUGGGACAAUAACUGCUGAUCUAGAUGCAGCAGAUGUUUUUUCUUACCCGGAGGAUGAAAGUGUUUUGGAUCCACUUCUUGCCCAGCAUCUGGCAUUUUUUGGUAUUGAUUUUUCCUCCCUCCAAAAGACUGAAAUGACGACUGCUGAAAGGGAACUUGACCAGAAUACAAAUUUUGACUGGAACCGAAUUCAAGAAAGUGGACAGGAAAUACUACCACUUUUUGGACCUGGUUACACUGGACUUGUCAAUUUGGGUAACAGUUGCUACCUCGCUGCAACUAUGCAAGUUGUGUUCUCCACUCGUUCCUUUUGCUCACGAUACUACAUGACUCAAAGUUUGAAAAAGGCUUUUGAGGCUGCUCCGGCUGAUCCAACUGUAGACCUGAAUACACAGCUAGCUAAACUGGCGCAUGGCUUGUUAUCUGGUAAAUACGCAGUCCCAGCACCAGAGAAAGAAGAUACAACAAAUGUUGCAAACGCUACUCCAAUUGCUAAACAGGAUGGCAUACCUCCUCGUAUGUUCAAGGGAGUCAUUGCUGCUAGUCAUCCUGAAUUUUCUACAAUGAGACAACAGGAUGCCUUAGAAUUCUUUCUCCAUUUCAUUGACCAAGUUGAACGAGUCAAUGCCGGCAAGCCUGAAUUUGAUCCGUCAACAAGUUUCAAGUUUGGUAUUGAAGAGCGACUGUUAUGUCCGUCUGGAAAGGUUGCUUACAAUAGAAGGCAUGACUAUAUUCUCUCUCUAAGCAUACCACUACACUUAGCUACCAACAAAGAUGAGAUUGAAGCUUUUCAUAAAUCCAAGGCCGAAAGAGAUAGACAAGGGAAGGAAGUCAGGUCUACUGAUGAAAUUGUACGCCCAAGGGUGCGUUUGGUCGACUGCUUAAGGAGCUUUGUUGCUGAAGAAGAGGUGCAUGAUUUUUACAGCAAUGAAUUGAAAGCUAAAGUUACAGCUACCAAAACUGCAGGGCUUAUUUCAUUCCCCGAUUAUCUCGUGCUGCACAUGCGAAAAUUUGUGAUGGAGGCAGGCUGGGUGCCCAAAAAACUUGAUGUUUAUAUAGAUGUUCCUGACACCAUAGAUAUUAGUGACAUGCGCAGCAAGGGUAUCCAACCUGGGGAGGAGCUGUUACCUGAACCUGUUGCUGAGGAUAUGGCAGAACCAAAGGUUCUAGCUGAUGAUGAUAUAGUUUCCCAACUUGUGUCGAUGGGAUUUAACAAUCUUCAUUGUCAAAAAGCUGCUAUCAACACCUCAAAUGCCGGGGUGGAAGUGGCAAUGAAUUGGUUACUAUCUCACAUGGAUGAUGCUGACAUUGAUGCACCAAUCUCCCAAGAGCCUCAAAGUGUUGAUCAAUCGAAAGUUGAUACUUUGGUUUCAUUUGGGUUUCAAGAAGAUGUAGCUCGCAAGGCACUGAAGGCGUCGGGUGGUGACAUUGAGAAAGCAACAGAUUGGAUAUUCAACCCCACUAAUGUCUCUAGUUCAUCAGAUAUGGAUGUUUCGUCAAGUACCACAUCCAUUGCUGAUUCUCCACUGCCUGAUGGAGGAGGAGCUUACAGGCUUAUGGGAAUAGUGAGCCACAUUGGUACCUCUACCCAUUGUGGUCACUAUGUUGCUCACAUCAACAAAGAUGGGCAGUGGGUAAUUUUCAAUGAUGAGAAAGUCGGGGUUUCGAAAAACCCACCCAAGGACAUGGGAUACUUGUAUGUUUUUGAGAGACUCAACAGCUGAAAGCACGACUAAAUACAAAAGAUGAAAGACCAAAUUGAUUAAACAGUCGGAAAAGUAGCAGCAAGCCAUCUCCUGGCAUCUGAUCAAUCCUUUUGCUCUUGGACGUCUUUUGAAUGGCGUCAACCACAACCUUGGCUUGUAGUCGUGGUAAUAUUUUGCCUCGUUGCUUGACUUGUAUCAUUGGGUUCAGGCACAACAUGUUGAUGAAACUUGGUAGUUGUUUAGUUUCAUAUUGAAUGGUGAUUUUCUUUUCUGAAAGGAGAGGAUUAAGUUUUGGGAAUGGUACGAUAAUGGUUCCUUAUGAGAAUUUGUAUAAUUAACAUUUGGCUACAGGAAGGAAAGGUACGAUAAUGGUUUAGGUUCACAAUGAGGGGCUAAAACGGUUUAACAAGACUAGCUAGGUAUUCUUGUGAGGUCAAAUAGCUAAUUACUACUCUCUUUUUUCUUAUGCUGAUAUGAGAUCAAAAGCUGAACUAUGAUAUGGGAUUUCGCAUUUUAGUUGUGUGAUGUGAUUACUCUUCCAAA